AUUGCAUCCCUCUCCACCUCUCUCACACACACACAGUGUGUUUGCUGGGAAAGGGGAUAGUCCAGGGGAAACCAGGGAUUUACAUUGUCUACCUGCCUGUGAAGGAAGUGUUUUCCUCUCUGGAAUUUCCAUCAAAGAGAUCUUGGAACGACAUCACUAAGAGAUCGCUGUGGCACUUCUGACGAAAGUUAAUACCGUCAUCAGAAAAAACCCCCAAACACCUGCGACGUCAUUGAUAUCAUCCGAUCCGCGACACGCAUCAUCGAGGAGACCAUGAGCAGCAACUACAGCGUCACUCUCUCAGGCCCCGCCCCCUGGGGCUUCAGGCUGCAGGGAGGGAAGGACUUCGCCAUGCCCCUCACCAUCUCCAGGCUGACAGACGGCGGGAAGGCGGCUAAAGGUGGUAUCGCCGUUGGAGACAUGGUUCUGUCCAUCGACGGCAUCGCCACAGAGGGCAUGAACCACCUGGAGGCCCAGAACAAGAUCAAGAGCUGCACUGGAAACCUCAGCCUCACCCUGCAGAAGGCCUCCAGUGUUCCUAAAGGUCCUCCUGUGGCACCAAAGGACAUCAGAUCAGACAUCAUAAAACCAGUGGCCCUCACCCACCCACCUCCGCCUCUCCACCCCCAUCCUCACUCCUCCAGCCCCUCCGCUGCACCCUACAACAAGGCUCCCAGAGCUUACGGUGGCUGCGGAGCAGAGCUCCCUCCUUCACAUGCUCCUUUUGCUCCCUUCAUCCCAUCCCCAUCCUCUGCCUUCACUCCUGCCUCCUCCUCCUAUGCCAGUCCUCCCCCUCCUCCUCCUCCACCUCCCGUCUCUUACCCAUCCUCUCCCUCCUCCUCCUCCUCCCCCCCUGUCCUCGUCCCGCCCCAGCCAUCAGUGUAUAACACGCCAAUCAACCUCUACUCCAAUGAGAACGCAUGCGAGGUGGCCAUGGGGCAGAGGCGGGGCCUGUUGGAGAGUCAGGGCGGAGCCUUGCCAUUACAGUUGAAUGGAGUUCCCAGGAAACACAUCGUGGACACAGAUAUCCAUUUUUACCAUGUGCCCACUCAUGCUGAUGCCAGUAGGAAGCGCAUAACCGAGGACACGGAGGACUGGCGCCCACGCACCGGCACCACCCAGUCCAGAUCUUUCAAGAUCCUGGCUCAGAUCACCGGCACCGAGAAUGUUCAAGAGGAGGAAGCUGAGGCAGCCAGGAAGUCAAAUUCCUUCACUCUUUCCUCUUUUAGUUGUAUCACUGAAUCUGAGACAAACAGUGAGGAGGUCAGUGACAGAUCUGCAACACAUCAAUCCUCUCACCAUGUAGAGGUUUCGCUCUCUGCCCUCAGUGGACUGAACGGUGCAGAAUCGGAUCACAUGAUCAAACACCAACCGUUGGCGCAGAAGGCAGGCUCAUCAGCCGAUCAGCGACAGCCAGAGGAGGGCGCUACAGUCCCUGGCUAUGUCCUCAUUUCCGAACCUGGCAGCCUCUUAAAAACUCAACACCAAGAGAACGAUGAAUCAUCCGCAGCACCGCUUCACUUAGUGGCCUUCCCGAUGGCGUAUCCAGGUUCUGUUGACGUGUUUUGUCAGAUACAUCCAACCCAGCUGUCGAACAUGAACUAUCCACUAACUCCAAUGCUCGUACCUUUAACAUACAGUGGCUCAAACUCAAGCCAAAUACCUGAAUCUCAUGCACGAAGGCCAAAUGAUGCUUCUCUUAAUGCAGCAUUUUUGCCUGACAGUGUCCCACCGUAUCUUGGCCAGAAUCCUGUGUGCACCCAGACUCCAGCUUCCUGUUUACCUGUUUUUAGUGUUCUACCCGCUCAAGGGCUGAACUCGUCACAUAAUAGUGACUCCUCGUUAGUUCAGAACAAAGCACCAGAGGCUUCCUCUGAUCCUCUGGUCCCUGCCCAAACACCAGCUGCUCAGGAUAGUGCUGUUACAGAACCACCAAGCUUUCCACCUCACGCACCUGAAAGUUCCCCUGUGACACCACUAGAGGGCAGCACAGACUCAGUAAAGUCGGAGUCUAGUGGGCGUCUGACUGCUCAUGCAGGCGAUGACCGCAAAUUGAAUUGCCAAGCAACAGAUUCCCUGAAGGCAGCACACACUCGGUUUGACCUUUCUCCUCAGCACAGUUUCCAAGUCAAUGCUCAUCCGUCUCAUUUGUCAACACGUCGUUGUGCACUUUCUACCAAACCAGUCAGGAGGGAGCUGCUGUCAAGUCCUCUGGACUUCCUGCCAAGAGCAGCCCCUCGCCCUCCUCCUCUUACUCCCAGUGCCCCAAAACAGUCCACACAACACACACGCAGUCCAGUGCAGGCGAGAGCAACUUGUCAGAGCCGUCCCCCUGAGAAGGCAAUGUCUCAGUCCUUACUGGACGCCCUGCUCAUCACUCCAAUAACUCAGGCCCCGCCACUGCGCUUGAGGAAGAAGAAGAAGCGUCGCAGCGUCAGUGAGCUGCAUCUGCCCAAGAACAAGAGGGUGUCUUGGCACCAGUCUGCCACAGAGGAGGGAGACCCUCUCUUCUCCUCCCCCGUCAAUGCUGUCUAUGUCUUUAGCGACGAGGGCGAGGAGCCAGAACUCAACAGCCACGAGACUGCAGUCAUCAAGACCAUGAUCAAAGCACCUGCUGCUAACAAGGUUCACCGUCCGCCGACAGGUUUGAUCACCCCAUCCUUCGGUAUGAAGGGUAACGGAAGUGCCAGCACCCCGAGGGGUCCUGUCCCGGCCCGACCUUUACCUCAGCCCCACCCUAAAGAUGAGGACACCCUGGUCCAGAUGGCAGAACACAUCCCAGCUGGGAUGCGUACGCCCAUGUGUGCCCACUGCAACAUGGUCAUCAGGGGGCCAUUUCUGGUAGCUAUGGGGAAAUCAUGGCACAAGGAGGAAUUUAACUGCGCCCACUGCCGAGCAUCCCUGGCAGAUACCGGCUUUGUGGAAGAGCAGGGAUCCGUCUACUGUGAACACUGCUACGAGGAGUUCUUCGCCCCGACCUGCAGCCGCUGCCAGGACAAGAUACUGGGGGAGGUGAUAAACGCCCUCAAACAGACGUGGCAUGUCUACUGCUUUCUCUGCGCCUCCUGUCAGCAGCCAAUCAGAAACAACACCUUCCACCUGGAGGACGGAGAGCCGUACUGUGAACGAGACUUCUACAGUUUGUUUGGGACCGGCUGCCACGGCUGUGAGUUCCCCGUCGAGGCCGGAGACAAGUUCCUGGAGGCCCUUGGUUACACCUGGCACGACACCUGCUUUGUCUGUGCGGUGUGCUGCACCACGCUGGAAGGCCAGACCUUCUUCUCCAAGAAAGACAAACCUCUCUGCAAGAAACACGCUCACACACUGAAGAUUUAAAUCUUUUGGACUUCCCUCACAGCUUUUAUAGCCAUACAUUCUCUCUGGGUCGGUGGAUGGGGGAACGUCUCUUCAUAGCAGUUACAAAACUCAAGCAAUACUGGUGCAAGCGUAGUGGUGGCAUGUCAGGUUAAAGGGUAACACUGCCAUGUCCAGGGAACCAGACGUCUAGUAAAACAUUUAGCAUUGUUUCUACUAUAAGCUGCAAACUAAUAACUGAUUACUGUUUUCAGUUUUGGCAUAUUUUUGCUAGAAUAAACACUCAUCUUAUUUGCUCAUCCGUCCAAAAUUAGAACAGUUUUUCUGCCAAAUGCUGCAGUAGGAUUGUUUGAUCCUUGUCCUUUAUAUCUUCAUCCAGAGUUUAAUAUUGAGUUUCUCUGUCACAUUUAAUUACCGCUGUACGUCAGCGUAAAUCACGCAACAUUACAAUGACACAAUACCAAAAAAUAUACAUUGAUAGCCAUGAUCACAGAGAGGGGAGGAUAUAAUUUGUUUCAAAGCAGGGGUUCAUGUUUGUGUAUCUGUUAUUCCAUCUGACAAUCUGAUCAGCAGCUUUUAACACAAGAUCGAGAGAGUUUUAUCCAUCUUUUGCCAAACUGUUUUGUUGUAUUUGGUCGUUGUGAAACAUCUAAUCUCUGUCAAACAUUUUGUCACUCUAGUUGUUUUAAUACUUGGGAGCUGGAUGUCAGCAGUGAUGCUCAAAUCUGUUAUGUUCUUAGAACUAUUUGACCUUUUUUCUGUCUGUUUUAAAUGAAUUCUAUGCUUUUUUUUUUUUCUGUGCGACAUUGGUAAACAUGUUACUGGUUUCUAAAACAAAAGGUCACAUAUAGUUGUGUCAAUGUAGAACAGUGAGGCACUUGGGAUUUUUAUGGAGGAAAGAAUUGGCCAUAAAUACAACAUAAAUAAAUAAAUAUGCAUAUGAAAUAAAUGAAUAAAUAAAUGUUAAACUACAUAUGAAGCCAUUAUUAUGUAUAUUUAUGUAUUUCUCUCAAAAAGUGCAUAGCAUUGACAGAAAUAUGUCUUGUGUGCCAAACAGUUUUAUGACUCAUAUUCAUAUUUUUAUUUACUGAGCAUCGUUUUUGUUUUUAAUUUGUAUUGUAUUGAUUGAAUUAAAUUCUGGUUGGUUCGAUCCUCCAUAUGUUUCCCAAAAGUCACGAGCUCUGUCAAGCAGGUAAAUAAGGUCAAACAUGAACACUUCCUGUGUAGGUAACUGUAUAUUUUAUUGUGUUUAUAGAGGGAAAAGAUAUCUUAUCUGACAAUAUGUAUUUAACUUUUGGGGUAAAACUGUUUUUUUGCUUUUCAGGGAUCGGUGCAGGGAACAAAUGAGGGGGUAGUUUCUUCUGUGUUUUUAUUUUCUCACUCCAUAAACUGUCCAAACCUAUUGAUUUGGUGAUAUUUGAUUUAAAUUGUACAAGAGUAAUUGACAAAUCAUAUUCAGUUUGGGUAGUUGUCAAGACAGACAGCUGGGUUUUUACAGUGUGGGUCAAAAGUGGAUGAUUGUGGUGUACAGCUGUAAACAAACAUGGUAAAAAGAAAAAAAAAAAAGCUUAGUUCUCACCUACAAACUACACCUGAAACAUUUCGCGUUCAUGACUUGUCUAAUAAAUGACGUGAUUUUUAAACACCCAA